AUGCUCUCUUUAAGAAAAAGGGUGGAAGCAAAAAGCCAAGAAAGAAAGAAGCUAUCUUCUAAAUCACAUUCCGAAAAUGAUCUAUCGUCACAAUCUGCAACAGCAGUUACUGUCGGCACAGAUCCCCGGAGAGUGGCAUUGCAGUCAGGAACAGAUGCAAAUGGCUUUUCAGAAAAUGAUUAUACGGUCAACGCUUUAGAUACAAGCCUUUCUCAGUUUACUUUAAUCUUCGAGAAAAUAAAGAGCCCUAUAUCCCAGGAGAGACUAGCGGCAGCAAAUGAAUUGAAUACCUCCUUAACUUCAUUAACGAGGGAAGUAUCUGUUGAAGAAUUUCAACGAUUUAGUAACAGUUUAAAUAACAAGAUUUUUGAACUUAUCCAUAGCUCAGAUCCGAAUGAAAAGAUAGGUGGUAUCCUAGCUGUAGAUACACUUAUCAAUUUCUAUUCACAUACAGAGGAAUUACCAAAUCAAACAUCCAGAUUAGCAAAUUACUUGCGAGUUCUAAUACCUUCGAGCGAUAUUGAUGUGAUGCGACUUGCCGCAAACACCAUAGGAAAGUUGGCAAUACCUGGAGGAACACUCACGUCAGACUUCAUUGAUUCAGAGGUUAAAAUUGCUCUUGAAUGGUUAACAACAUCACCGGACAACAUAGCUUCCAGCUCUAAACAAGAAUACAGUAAGCAUGCGGCAUUACUUUUGAUAUCUGCACUGGCUGAUAAUUCUCCAUAUUUAUUAUACCCAUACGUCAAUUCAAUCCUUGACAAUAUAUGGAGAGCAUUAAGAGAUACUAAACUGGUUAUACGAAUGGAUGCUGCCCUGAUAUUAGGUAAAUGUCUUACCAUUAUACAAAACAGAGAUCCGUCAUUAACAAAACAAUGGUUUUUGAAGUUAUUUAAAGGCUGCGCAAGAGGAUUGAAUCUUAAUACUAAUGAAGCCAUACAUGCUACAUUGCUAGUAUACAGGGAACUAUUAACAUUGAAAGGUUCAUACUUAAAUGGAAAGUUCAGUGAAAUAUAUCGGUCGACAAUCAAAUAUAAAGACCACAAGUAUGACGUUAUUAGAAAAGAAGUAUAUGCAAUAUUACCCCUACUGGCAUCGUUUAAUACCGAACUAUUUACCAAAUCAUAUCUUGAUCAAGUUAUGGUUCAUUAUCUUGGAAUCCUAAAAAAUACAAAUUCCAGUGCGGCAAAUACUGCAGAUAAACCCGCCAUUUUGGUUUCCAUUGGAGAUAUAUCAUCUGAAGUCGGCUCAAGUAUUGCCCCAUAUGUAAUACCCAUACUGGACAAUGUUAGAGAUGGAUUACAGACAAAAUACAAACACAGGAAAGCUUUUGAAAGGGAAUUAUUCUAUUGCAUCGGAAAAUUGACCAUUGCAAUGGGGCCUGCUCUAGCAAAACACAUAAAUAAAGGGCUUUUGGAUCAAAUUUUGUCCUGUUCCCUUUCUGAUUAUAUGCAAAACACCCUAUUAAUCAUAAUAGAAAGAAUACCAGCACUUGAGCCCACCAUCAACUUAAGACUGUUAGAUCUACUGUGUAUGUACCUUUCAGGGGAGAAAUAUAGUCAUCCUGGAUCACCAACGUCAUUGAAACCUCUUUCUAUGGAGAAAGCUCGAUUAUGGAGGAAUAAAGUAGUCAUGGUGAAAACAGGAGAAAUUAAUGAUGACGUUAAAGAUGCUCAGUUGUUGUCACAGGCACUUAAAAUGCUCCAAAAUAUAAAUUAUAAAUAUUCGUUGACCGAAUUUGUUCGGCUUAUAACAAUUUCAUACAUCGAACAUGAGAACUUCCAUGUUCGAAAAUUAGCUGCUUUGACAUCGUGCGACAUCUUCGCCAAAGAUACUAUUUGCAAACAAACCUCUUUCCAUGCACUGAAUUCUGUUUCUGAGGUACUCAGUAAAUUACUAACAGUUGCCAUAACGGAUCCCAUACCUGACAUACGAUUAGAAAUUUUACAACAUCUGGUACCCGCCUUUAAUUCACAGCUGGGGCAACCUGAUAAUCUGAGGUUACUUUUUAUGGCCGCAAACGACGAAAUGUUUGCAAUUGAAAUAGAAGCUGUGCAAAUAAUUGGUAGACUUACGACCAUCAAUCCAGCUUAUGUAGUGCCUUCGUUGAGAAAAACAUUACUAGAAUUACUGACACAAUUGAAGUACUCAACUAUGCCAAGGAAGAAAGAAGAGAGUGCAACCAUGUUAUAUACCUUAAUCCAUUUUGGGAAAGACGUAACCAAACCAUACAUUGAGCCUAUCCUCGAUAUUUUACUUCCUAAAGCAAAUGACACAUCCUCAGCAGUAGCGUCGACAGCAUUGAAAGCUAUCGGAGAACUCGCUGCUGUUAGUGGCGAGGACAUAAAAAAAUACUUGCCUGAUCUCAUGCCUUUGAUCAUUACUACUUUUCAAGAUCAAUCCAAUUCAUUCAAAAGGAGUGCAGCUUUGAAAGCCUUAGGUCAGUUGGCAGUAUCUGCAGGAUAUGUAAUAGAUCCAUUAUUAGAUUAUCCAGAACUUCUAGGUGUUUUGUUGAAUAUUCUGAAAUCUGAAAGUAGUCAAAAUAUUCGUCGGGAGACUGUUCAUUUACUAGGUACUUUGGGUGCACUAGACCCGUACAAACACAGAGAAGUAGAGGUUGCAUCAAAUUCUCAGAAUUCUGUCGAACAAAAUGCGCCUCCCAUUGAUAUAGCGCUACUCAUGCAGGGAAUGUCACCCUCAAAUGAGGAAUAUUAUCCAACAGUUGUGAUAAAUACAUUACUGAAAAUUCUCCAUGAUCCAUCUCUUUCUUCUCAUCAUACAGCGGUUAUUCAAGCUAUUAUGAACAUAUUCCAAAGCCUGGGACUACGUUGCGUUUCAUUUUUAAAACAGAUAGUGCCAGGCAUAAUUUCAGUUAUGCGUUCAUGCACACCUUCUUUACUGGAAUUUUAUUUUCAACAAUUGGGCCUUUUGGUGUCUAUUGUUAAGCAGCACAUCAAACCGCAUGUUGAUGAAAUAUAUGAAGUUAUCAAAGAUUUCUUUCCUAUCAUAAAGCUACAGAUAACGAUUAUUUCUCUUAUUGAAGCUAUGUCUAAGUCUAUCGAUAGUGAAUUCAAAAAGUUUGUUCCUGUAACGCUUACCUUCUUUUUACCAGUGCUUGAAAACGAUAAAUCCAACAAAAAGAUUGUUUCUAUAAGAAUUUUGAAGUCCUUGGUGGCAUUUGGUUCUAAUCUUGAAGAUUUUACUCAUUUGAUCAUACCGACAGUCGUAAGGAUAUCAGAAUACUCUCCUGGAAAUUUGGGAAAAAUUGCAGUAAUUGCACUGGGAAAACUAGCCAAGAACAUUAACCUCUCUGAAAUGUCUUCAAGAAUCAUCCAAACAUUGAUAAGAUUGCUGAAUAGAGGUGAAGCCGAUUUGACAAGGACAACAAUGAACACAGUGUGCCUAUUUUUACUUCAACUGGGUAGUGACUUUAUUGUCUUUAUUCCAGUGCUAAACAAGACCUUAAUGAAGAAUCAUAUUCAACAUUCAAUUUACGACCAACUUGUUAAUAAACUGUUAAAUAAUGAAGGAUUACCAACUAAUAUUGUUUUUGAUAAAGAUUUCGAUGUCCCCUCAAAACCAAUUAAUGAUGUUGAAACUGCUCUUAAAAAGUUACCUGUAAACCAAACUCUUUUGAAAAACACGUGGGACUGUAGUCAACAGCGGACUAAGGAAGAUUGGCAGGAAUGGAUCAGAAGGCUAUCCAUCCAACUCUUACGAGAAUCACCUUCACCUGCACUUAGGGCAUGCUCUAAUUUGGUAGGUAUCUAUUAUCCAUUGGCAAAAGAUUUAUUUAACGCUUCGUUCUCGAGCUGCUGGAGUGAGUUAUAUAGCCAAUACCAAGAAGAUUUGAUACAAUCACUUUGUACUGCGUUGCGAUCGCCCCAAAAUCCGCCAGAAAUUUUCCAAAUAUUAUUAAACUUAGUGGAAUUUAUGGAACAUGACGAUAAGCCAUUGCCAAUUCCGGUUGAAACAUUAGGGAAGUAUGCACAAAAAUGCCAUGCAUUUGCCAAGGCAUUGCACUACAAAGAAUUGGAAUUUUUACAGGAACCAUCAACUUCAACUAUUGAGGCGUUAAUCAGUAUAAAUAAUCAACUUCACCAAACUGAUGCUGCUAUUGGAAUUUUGAAACAUGCGCAACAACAUCACGAUCUGCAAUUGAAGGAAACUUGGUAUGAAAAGCUUCAAAGAUGGGAUGAUGCUCUGGAAGCAUACACAGAGCGUGAAAAAGCUGGAGAGGAUACAAUUGAAGUGACAAUGGGUAAAAUGAGAUCACUGCACGCCCUUGGAGAGUGGGUUCAACUUUCUGAGCUUGCAGAAGAGAAAUGGGAAAUUUCAAAACCAAACGUCCAGAAACUAAUGGCACCAUUAGCAGCAGGAGCAGCGUGGGGUCUAGGACAGUGGGAUAAAAUUGAGCUCUACACUAAUGUCAUGAAAGUUCAAUCUCCUGAUAAGGAAUUCUUUGAUGCUAUACUGUGUCUACAUAGAAAUAAUUUCAAGAAAGGAGAGGAACAUAUAUUUAGUGCGAGGGAUCUGCUUGUGACGGAACUUUCUGCCCUAGUCAAUGAAAGUUACAAUCGAGCAUACAAUGUAGUAGUAAGAACCCAAAUAAUUUCUGAACUAGAAGAAAUUAUUGGCUAUAAGAAGCUUCCUCAACAUUCAGAAAAAAGAAUAUUAAUGAGAGAGAUGUGGAAUAAGAGACUACUUGGUUGCCAGAAGAAUGUUGAUGUCUGGCAAAGAGUAUUAAGAGUCAGAUCUUUAGUUGUUGAACCAAAGCAAGAUGUACAGAUAUGGAUUAAGUUUGCUAAUCUUUGCAGAAAAUCAGGUAGAUUAGGUUUGGCAAAGAAAGCCUUAACGUCAUUAUUCGAAGACGGUGGAAAUCCAAAUCAUCCUAAUAUUGCAAAGGCGCUACCUCCCGUUGUUUAUGCCCAACUUAAAUACAUAUGGGCAACUGGCUCUCAAUCUGAGGCUUUGCAACAGCUUAUAAAGUUUACAUCACGUAUGGCUCAUGAUCUUGGAUUGGAUCCUCGUAAUAUGAUAUCCCAGAGCUCUCCACAAAAUAGUAAGAUAGCACCUGAGGAUGUUAAAGAAUACACUAAGCUAUUGGCUCGUUGCUUUCUAAAACAAGGUGAAUGGCGAGUUGUUCUCCAGCCAGAAUGGAGACUUAAAAAUCCGGAUGCUAUUCUAGGGUCGUAUCUAUUAGCUACUCACUUCGAUGAUACGUGGUACAAAGCUUGGCAUAAUUGGGCGUUAGCAAACUUUGAGGUUAUUUCUAUGAUAACAUCAGGCCCAAAAGGAAAUACAACAGCCACAAAUAUGCCCUUAAAUGGCGCUGAUCAAUUCAAAAACGGUAUGAUAGGUGCGAAUACAUUUGAUACUGAAGAGAACAAUUAUCCUGCAACAAUGAUUCAUAGACAUGUAGUUCCAGCUAUAAAGGGGUUUUUCCAUUCGAUAGCACUUUCGGAAUCUAGUUCCCUUCAGGAUGCACUGAGAUUACUGACACUAUGGUUUACAUUUGGUGGAAUACCCGAAGCUACUCAAGCCAUGCACGAAGGAUUUAAUAUGAUUAAAAUCGGCACAUGGCUUGAAGUACUUCCUCAGCUAAUCUCUCGUAUUCACCAACCUAACCAAAUAGUUAGUAGGUCGUUGCUUUCUUUAUUGUCGGAUCUGGGAAAGGCUCAUCCACAGGCACUUGUCUACCCCUUGACAGUCGCUAUAAAGUCUGAAUCAGUAUCACGCCAAAAAGCUGCCCUCUCUAUUAUAGAAAAAAUGAGAAUGCACAGCCCUAUUCUUGUUGAUCAAGCCGAACUAGUUAGUACAGAACUAAUCCGUGUAGCCGUCCUAUGGCAUGAACUAUGGUAUGAAGGUUUAGAAGAUGCAAGUAGACAGUUUUUUGGAGAACAUAAUACCGAGAAAAUGCUGGCAUCCUUAGAACCUCUUCAUGCAUUGUUAAACCACGGGCCCGAGACAAUACGUGAGAUCUCCUUCCAAAAUGCAUUUGGAAGGGAUCUAAAAAAUGCAUAUGAAUGGGUACUGAAUUAUAAGCGCACUAAUGACACUAGUAAUCUGAAUCAAGCCUGGGAUAUUUACUAUAAUGUAUUCAGAAGGAUUAGUAAACAACUACCUCAGUUACAAACACUCGAAUUGCAACAUGUUUCCCCCAAACUGUACGCAACCCAUGACUUACAACUAGCUCUACCAGGCACAUACUACCCUAAUAAAAGAAUCGUUAAAAUUUCGUCAUUUUCAUCAGUUUUCACCGUGAUCUCUUCUAAACAAAGACCUCGUAAACUAACAAUUAAUGGUGAUGAUGGGAAAGAGUACCAGUACAUUUUAAAGGGUCAUGAAGACAUUAGACAAGAUAGCUUGGUCAUGCAACUCUUUGGUUUGGUAAACACUUUACUACAAAAUGAUGCCGAAUGCUUCCGUCGUCAUUUAGAUAUCCAGCAAUACCCAGCAAUCCCAUUAUCACCUAAAUCAGGUAUUUUAGGUUGGGUUCCCAACAGCGAUACCUUCCAUGUUCUGAUUAAAGAGUAUCGUGAAGCUAGGAAAAUUCCACUCAAUAUUGAACAUUGGGUCAUCUUACAAAUGGCUCCAGAUUUUGAUACAUUAACCUUUUUACAAAAGAUAGAGGUUUUUACAUAUGCUCUCAAUAACACACAAGGGCAAGAUCUUUACAAAGUUCUAUGGUUCAAAAGUAGAUCAUCAGAAUCGUGGUUAGAACGCCGAACAACUUACACAAGAUCAUUAGCGGUCAUGUCAAUGACUGGUUAUAUUCUCGGAUUAGGUGAUCGUCACCCAAGUAAUUUGAUGCUUGAUAGACUUACAGGUAAGGUAAUUCAUAUCGAUUUUGGAGACUGUUUCGAAGCUGCAAUCCUAAGAGAGAAGUUCCCCGAAAAGGUACCAUUUAGAUUAACGAGAAUGUUAACUUACGCCAUGGAAGUUAGUGGAAUUGAAGGGAGUUUCAGAAUAACAUGUGAAAACGUUAUGAGAGUUUUGAGAGACAAUAAGGAAUCAUUGAUGGCAAUCUUAGAAGCCUUUGCAUUCGAUCCUUUAAUUCAUUGGGGUUUUGAUCUUCCCACGGAAAAAAUAGCUGAACAGACAGGUAUCGAUCUUCCUUUAGCUAAUCCUAACGAGCUUUUGAGAAAGAAUAUGAUUUCCGCCGAAGAAGCUGCACGUAUGGAAAUAGAACAAAGUAAUGCUAUUAGAAAUGCAAGGGCAAUGUUGGUAUUAAGACGAAUUACAGAUAAAUUAACUGGUAACGAUAUUGGACGCUUCAAGGAACUAGAUGUACCAAAGCAAGUUGAAAAACUAAUUCAACAAGCAACUUCAGUAGAAAACCUUUGUCAACAUUACAUUGGUUGGUGCCCUUUCUGGUAA